AUGCCAGUUGGCGCACUGGUGGGCUGGGACAUGGGCAUGGAGCAAGCGGGCAGCCGCGACGUGUGGGGGCCGGACCCCCGCUCCGGAGAAUAUUCACCAGUUGGCGGCGGGCCGCGGCCUCACGAUUUCAUUAAGUGUCGAAAGUGCAGGGAGUUUGGGACUGGCCGGAGGCCACACUUUACACGUUUUGGACCCCGGAACAUAGAUGUACCACUUUCGACCCUGGCGGUGUCCGGAAGAUAUAUGUGGGAAGGGUGGUCCGCCACCCGCAGGGCGCGCCAGGCCAUCCACGGCAGGGGCGGCGCCGCGGACCUCGAGCGGCAGGGCUGGCUGGGUGGCCGGUGGACACUGCAACGCAGAGCCGCAGCGUGGUGCUGCUGCCAGGGCAGGCGCACGAUGCAGGUGCGCCGUGGGCCCCUCUCCCGGGCGGCAGGACGCCCCAGGCCCCGCGAUCCCCGUGGCUGGAGGGUCCAGGGGCCCGGGGUGGUGGGCGUGAGGUUGCCAGUUGGCGGCGAUGGGGGCGGGGAUGGGCGCGGCCGCGGCCGAAGAGGGAUCAACGCGGAUGCCGCCGGAUGGCGGCCUUGCCGUGAGGCGGCGCGCGGUAAGAGGACUUUGCGGACCUUAACCCCAGCAGGCCAGUUGGUGGCGGCGGGCGGCCCGGUCUUGGUGAGCGGCCGCAGCCACCGGAGAGCCCGUCGCAGCGGCGUGGGGGUAGGUAAGAAUUCGCCAGUUGGCGGGGGUCAGGGCAGGCCAGGACUGUCCUUGCGGGUCGUUGGUGGGUGUCCGGGGAUGCGCGCAGCCCCCAGUAGGUAA